AACGUAACUAAUUUGUAAUGGCGGACAUCGAAUCUUCACCGGACGGCUCAAAUCACUGACGUUUUCAUCUAUCAAGAGCUAUUUAUUUCUGACUGUGCUAAGUAAUUAUGUUGUUGUUGUGGACCUCUAUUUAAUUUAUUUUAAUUAUCUUAGAAAGCAUUAACUGAAGCCGUAAUAUUGUAAGGUGGAAUCUGACAUUUGAUUACAAUGGCUGCAACACGAAGACUUCAAAAGGAACUAAAUGAUAUCAGACAGUCUGGAUUAAAGUCUUUCAGAGACAUUCAGGUGGAUGAGUCAAACAUUCUCACUUGGCAAGGACUUAUUGUGCCCGAUAAUCCCCCCUACAACAAAGGUGCUUUCCGCAUUGAGAUCAAUUUCCCAGCAGAGUACCCCUUCAAGCCUCCUAAGAUAAGCUUCAAAACAAAGAUUUACCAUCCAAACAUUGAUGAGAAGGGGCAAGUGUGUCUGCCUAUCAUCAGUGCAGAGAACUGGAAGCCUGCUACGAAGACUGACCAAGUUAUUCAAGCUCUGGUAGCGCUGGUCAACGACCCUGAGCCGGAGCACCCACUACGCGCGGAGCUCGCUGAAGAGUUCCUCAAAGACAGGAAAAAGUUUUUGAAAAAUGCAGAGGAGUUCACUAAAAAACACAGUGAAAAACGGCCUACCGACUAAAGGACGGUACUAGGAAUAAAUAUUAAGUUGGCGCUACAGCAAUGGAUAUCUUAAGUUAAUGUGAAUAGCUGACAUUUGAGAAAGUACUCAUCAGUUAUCCUCCAUAAAAAUCGAAAAAAAAAUUCCACAUCAUUUUAUUUUAAAAUCAUCUGAAAAUAAGUUGUAAAAGAUAAAACAGAAAUUGAUUGAGAUUCAUGUUUUGUAUUAGACCUUGUUCAUUGCUGUAGAUCCAACCUAUUUUUACCAAUCUUUUGAAACAUUAGCCUCUCAUCAAUCACCAUAUUGCUUGCGAUACAACAUGCACUGUUAUAGUUAUAUGAAUAUACAUGGCAGAUGAAUGCUUGAAAUUAACACUUAGUUAUUAAUUAGGCUUUCGGAAUUGUAUUAUUAAGUUGGGGUAAUUGAAAAUUAGAAUUUAAAAAUUCGUCAAGGUCAUUUAUUUAACUAAAGUGGAAUAUUGUAUGUACACAUAGAAAACACAUUUAGUUUGCAGUUACUAGCUCUUAUAGACAAUAAGUGUCCUAGCUAUGUGUUUGUUAGCUUGGAGUGUUCUAUAAUAGAGGUGUUUUAUACUUACCUGUUGUAAAACUAGUGUUGCAAAGAAUACAUAGCACCAGUUUGAAAACUCAUGGUCAUACAUACGCGUCAUAUUUUAGCAUUUACUACUUCUAGAAGCUUAAGGGCAUAAUUAAACUUCGCGACAUUUAAAUAUCUUGUGUGUAUUGUAUAGUUUUCAAACUGCUUUUAUGUAUUAUGUGCGUUAUGGUCAUCUCUUAAUGUUGUAUACAGCUAUGUAAAUAGUUUGGAUAGCAAAUACCGGUGGUUUUUGAAAAAUUGAACAAAUAAUGCGAUGGUAUAAUAAUUACAAAAAUGUGCAUUUUAUGGUUGAAGGUAUGUUUAAUGUUAUUGUGAUGCCGCUUUUGCGAUUUGAAUCAUGUCAUCUGAGUGUAACAAUGAAAAUAUAGCGUGGGAUUUGCGCGCGUACAUGACGUGAUGACGAUGGCAAGAGAUUGUAUUAUUAUUUAAUUUCUCAAAUAAGUCAAUGUGUUACUUGGUAACUUACUGUGUGCUGAAGAGUUCAGUGAGAAACUUUAAAUAUAUAUUUUUUUCGAAUUUA